GUAAUUGCUGUAAGGAAAACCGUACUUUCGUUUUCGCAUUUUCUGAAAAAGGUCGACUUGGCAAUAGCCUAAAUUGAUAAAGUAACAUGAAUCUUCGCUGAAAUGGCGGAUGGAUUUGGUAGAGAUGAGAAUUAUAGGCCACGGCGUCCAAUACGAGCUGGACUGCCUCUCCGACGGUAUGACGACGGCGGCGACGCGUGGGAUGAUGAAGCUGACCGAGAGAGACGCGGCAGAGGGGGACGGGGCGGUGGAAGAGGUCAAGGUCGUGGUCGGGGCCGCGGGGUAGGGGGAGGGGGAGCGGGAGGAGCGACCCGCAGACAACCACUAGACAAGAGGUUCCUGGAGAGGCUGGCGGAACGGGAGCCGGCGGAUAUACUUCAAACGAUUUCCAACCCGCAGACGGAACUACGAGACGCUCUGGGCCGCAGCGCCAAGGAAUACAAUAUGAUCCCUCUACUGUUAAGGGUUCUUUCAGAGGCGUUCACGUGUAACUCGCAACCGGAGUGCCUCAACAGGGUCCUAAUUAUCAUCAAAGAGGCAAAAUUCUUCGACACAGUGAUGAACUACUGUAUAGACAUGCAGGGCGAGGACAGGCCGCACGUGCAGCGCGGGUUCCGACGCCCGCUUCGGGACAUGGUCACCGUCAUGUCGGAGUUCGCCGAGAAAAACCCAACCUCUAUCACGGAGAUUGUAGGUCUUCAUACUAUGCUUGAAAUGGUCAUAAAUGGACUGCGCGAGACUACUAACGUCAUUGAUGAGGACAUACUUAAACACUUCCGGUUACUGACAGAAACAAAGGAGAAACUUCUCCGAAAACGAACCGCUAAAAGGCGAACGGUAACAGAGGAGCGGCAACAGCAGCAAGAGGGUGAGGAGCCGCCAAACGACUUUCGGGAAGUGGAGAUCUUUCCCCAGACCGCCGACAUGCAGGAUGACGAUGACCGUUAUUUGCGAGCCAACAAAGUACGUGGUCGGUACCGUGACGUUGAUCACUAUCUGGAUGUUCAAUUCCGAUUACUGCGAGAGGACUUCAUCGCCCCAUUACGUGAAGGAGUAAGCGAGUAUAUACAGGCCAUGAACGAGAGAGGCAGACAGAGGAACGGUAAGCGCAAUGUGACGAUAUAUCACAAUGUGAGUAUUAUCUCCCCUGAAUGUGGAGACAACGGUUUAUGUCACGUGAUACGAUUUGACGUCAGCAGAAUGGGUCACGUGCGUUGGCAGUCUUCGAAGCGCCUGAUUUUUGGAUCUCUGCUUAGCCUUUCAUCCGACAACUUCAGGACGUUCGUUUUUGCAACGGUGAUGAAUCGAGACCCAAAAUCGCUUGUUAAAGGUAUUGUCACUGUUCGCUUUGAAUGCAAACAAGAAGAAACUAGAGCUUUGUUUGGACAAUUGUUUACAAUGGCAGAGACCACAGCUUACUUCGAAUCAUACAAACAUGUAUUGAAAGGUUUGCAGAACAUGCGAGAAGCGGAGUUGCCAUUUCAAAGAUACAUUGUUGAAUGUGAACGCCAUGUGCAGCCACCUGCUUAUCUUCGGAGGCGAGAAAACACAUGCUUUGAUCUUCGCCCUCUGGUAGAUGAAGGAAUCAUUCUAAAAGACAACAGCCAUUUGGAACACAUACUUGCCGAUGACGACGAAGACGAGGAGCCAAUCACAUACACGUUUAGUGAGCAUUCACAAGAAGCUGAAGAUGUGAAAGUUCUUGACAGAACAAGUUGGCCACCGGCUGAUCUCCUUCACCUGGACGAGUCUCAGUUUAGAGCCAUCCAUACAGCCUUGACAAAGGAAUUUGUGAUCACACAAGGGCCACCGGGAACCGGCAAGACCUAUAUUGGUCUCAAGAUUGUGAAAGCUCUUUUGCACAAUAAAGAUGCCUGGACUCGGAAUCCUGACACUGGUUUGAAAGACAAUAGACCCAUGCUGAUUGUGUGUUACACAAACCACGCGCUUGAUCAGUUUCUCGAAGGCAUUAUUUCCUUUUACAAAGGAGACGUCGUUCGAGUGGGCUCGAGAAGCAACAGCGAAGUGCUCAAGCCCUACAACCUCCACAACUUUCGACAGAGAUUUCGACAUGAGAAAAAAAUACCAGUUCAGAUUUUCAAAGGACGCCGUGAGGCCAAGUAUGAAAUGGACUCUGUUACAACACAAAUAAGACAAGUCAGUGCGCAGCUCCAGAUUUCCACAACCAACAUUAUGAACGAAGAUUUCUUGCGGCCAUACAUGGGAGAAGACCAUUAUCAUUUACUGACAAUAGGGUUUGAAAUGAUCCUUCAGGUUUAUCCCGAAGCAAGACAAGUCUUUCGACAAGGCCAUUCUAUCAUUGUCGAAUGGCUAGGAAUUGGCAAUCUCGCACCAAUUGUAGAAAUGGAGGCUAAUAUUGCAGCAGGGGAUAUGGUCUUGGAUAAUAAUUUCGAGGACGGUAAUGACCUGAUUGAAGCUGAAGAUGAGCUUGAUGCUAUUCAAGCGCAGCGACAAUUGGAUGAUAGAGAUGAAGACGAUGAAGGUGAGGACGGUGAUGAUGAAAUCGAUAGAAUGAUAAACGAGUUUAGGGAUUCUGCCCUUACUGGUAAAAAUUUGGUUGAAUUUAAAGUGAAGGUUGCUGCAACAGCGCAUCAGAAAUCAGUUGCACUGGAUGUAAAUGCCCUCGAUGAAAAGCCACAGAACACACAAGAAGGUGAAUGGAAGACCCAAAAGAAAGAGAGAAAGAAACAAAAGAGAAAACUGCAGAUGAAUCUGUCAAAAAACGAAGUCAUGUCAGAAGAGGACCUUGCUGCUGUCACGGACAUUUGGCAUAUUUCCACAGAGGACAAAUGGAAACUGUACAGACUUUGGAUCAAGAAGUAUCAAGACCACCAGCUUGAGAAAAUUAAGGAGAAAGAAGAAGAGUUUGAUGCUGCAGCUGCAAGGUAUAAAGAGGCACUCAUGCAGGAAGACAAGGAGAUUAUGCGACACUCAACAAUUAUAGGUAUGACCACAACUGGAGCAGCUAGAUAUCAGCUAGUCUUACAGGAAAUUCGAUCUCGAAUCGUUGUUGUUGAAGAAGCCGCGGAAGUUCUAGAAGCGCACAUCAUUACAACACUGAGCAGAGGCUGUGAACACUUGAUAUUGAUUGGUGACCACAAACAGCUGAAACCAAACCCGACAGUUUACAAAUUGGCAACAGAAUAUAAACUGGACGUCUCUUUAUUCGAACGCAUGAUAAACAAUGGGAUCCAAUGUGACUGCCUGGAGCUUCAGCACCGAAUGCGACCAGAGAUUGCAGAACUGAUAAAGCCCAUUUAUAAAAACUUGCGGAACCAUAGUGAUGUCCUAAACUACGAACCGAUCAGGGGAGUGGCUUCAAACAUGUUCUUCAUCACUCACAGCGAGCAUGAAGCUAAUGAUGAAGAUUUGAGAAGUCAUUCAAACGUUCACGAAGCUGCAUAUAUAGUUGAGCUUUGUAGGUACUUGAUCAAGCAGGGAUACGAAGCAGAUCAGAUCACUGUUCUUACUCUGUAUUCCGGUCAGCUGUUUUGCCUUAGAGGACUUAUGCCUAAAAGCGAAUUUGAAGGUGUCAAACUCACAGUUGUUGACAACUACCAGGGCGAGGAGAACGAUAUCGUUCUCUUAUCACUAGUAAGAAGCAACAAUGAGGACUCAAUCGGUUUUCUUAAGACGGACAACAGGGUCUGUGUUGCUCUUUCAAGGGCAAAGAAGGGCUUCUAUGUCAUUGGCAACUUCGAAUUGCUACAAAGACGAUCAAAACUGUGGAAUGAAAUUGUAAUUGACAUGAAACAGAAAAAGAGAUUUGGAGAAGGCCUUUUAUUGCAGUGUCAAAAUCAUCCUGAAGAAAAACCAUUAGAAGCAAAAAUUGCUCGCGACUUUGCUGAAGCUCCCGAGGGAGGAUGCAAUAAACGAUGCGGGCAGCGGCUUGACUGUGGACAUCUUUGUGAACGAUUCUGUCAUCCUCUUGAUCAGGACCAUAAGGGAGAAACUAGCAGAUGUAGAAAACGUUGCAAUAAGAUUCUAUGCGGAAACAAACACAAGUGCCCUCUACGAUGUGGCCAGAAGUGUGAGUCUUGUAAAGAGAAGAUGGAUAAAAAAAUACCAAGAUGUGGGCACGUUCAGAAAGUGCAAUGCUCUAUCCCUCCAGCCGACUUCACAUGUCUAGAAGCUUGUCAAUCAAUACUGCCUUGUGGACAUAAAUGCCAGUCGAAGUGCGGCAUGGCGCAUACACAGGACUGUGGGGUAAAAGUCGAGAAGACAUGGCCAUGCGGCCAUAAAGCACAGAUAAAAUGUCACCAGGAAGAUACAGCCAUUUGCCCUGCUGCAUGUGAUGGGGCUUUGAGCUGUGACCACCGAUGUCGAGGAACAUGUGGGCAGUGCUUUCAAGGCAGAUUGCACGUUCCAUGUCAGAAUGAGUGUAUGAGAAUUUUGGUAUGCGGACAUGAAUGCCAGGACAGAUGUAGCCAAUGCCCGCCCUGUACAAGACCCUGUCAGAACCAAUGCCAACAUAGUAAAUGCCCUCGGAGAUGUGGUGAAUUAUGUGCACCAUGUAGAGAACCCUGUACAUGGAGAUGUGAACACUAUAAAUGUACCAACAUCUGCAGUGAGCCAUGCGAUCGACCUCCUUGUGACAAAGCAUGCAGGAAACGACUGGCCUGUGGUCACCCCUGCAUUGGGCUAUGUGGGGAACCAUGCCCAACGGAUUGUAGGGUUUGCGACCAACAGAAAGUUACCGAGAUCUUCUUCGGAGAUGAAGACGAAGAAGACGCUCGGUUUGUACUACUUCAAGAUUGCAGAAUGCGUUGCAUCUUCGAAGUGAAAGGGAUGGAUACAUACAUGGAAACAAAAGUCGAUGAAAAGGGAGAAAUAAAACUGAAGGAUUGUCCAAAAUGCCGCACCCCGAUAAGAAGAACAGUUCGGUACAGGUCGACCAUCAAUCAAACACUAACGGAUAUUGAACAAGUGAAAAGUCAUGUCCUUGUAAAUAAAACAAGAUUGCGAAAGCUAAGAGAAGACAUAAGACAAACGUUUGAGGAGAUUGAAGAUGAGCGAAAUAAAUUGAUUUUAAGGAGAAGAAUGGAAAAAGCUUAUGACGAGCAAGCAGAAAACGCAUUGGCUGCUCUUUUGAACCAGUCACGCUUUUUGUCACAAAUUGACAAGCACAAGUCCAACUGGGCGAAACUGAAAGGACUGGCUUACAAAUGUGAACGCGAGAAGGCAUUCCUUCACAUUGGAAGAAUGGUGGACUGGAUAAUGUCAGAUCGAUCGCUGAUGACAGCACAGGAAACAGAAGAUGCUGAACUAGAGUUUGACCGUUUACGAGCGCAGUUGAAACUGCUGAUGUUUCAAAUGCGUGCAAAUGAAAAACGUAUUCAGUUAGAUAAUACAUUGAAGGCAAAGAUUCGAGACGCGGAAAAAACCUUAACCGGAAACGACAAAUUUAAAGGUGAUGUGAAGGCCAAAGUUGAAAACUGUUUACGGGCUUUACAGAACAUAAUACCAACGACAGAGCUUGGGAUUUCGAAGGAAGAAAAGAUAAUGAUUGUAAAAGCAAUGGAGCUCCAAAAGGGACACUGGUUUAAAUGUCCAAAAGGUCACGUGUAUGCCAUAGGUGACUGUGGGGGGGCUACGACUGAAAGUCGCUGUCCCGAGUGUAAUUCCCGGAUAGGAGGUGCCGGGUAUCGCCUGGCGGCUGACAACGUUCUGGCGACGGAAAUGGAUGGGGCCGACCACGCUGCCUGGUCAGAACAAGAAAAUGUGGCGAACUAUGGGUUUAAUGCCAUAUUUUAAGGUGGUCAUUGGAUAAGGUGGCAACUUUGAUUUACGAAAGCGUGUAUUCGCUGAAGCUUUAGAGGGAGUACUUCGAAUGUUUUGAACCAUACGAUCAAUGUUGAAUGGCUGCUUUUGAAGCAAAGCAUAAAUGAGCAUGUGCUGCUGGGUGUGCUUUGUUUUUAAAUAAUGACUCAUAUUGUACUUGUUCGUUAUUUAGUGUAACAAAAUGACAAAGUUACACGCAUUUUCAAUUAAUGUUGUAAAGCUUAUUCAAGUAUGAAAGGAAUGUUAAAUUUGAAUUAAUUGAAAUAUGAAUAAUGUGUUUUGUUUCUAAAAAUACUGAAAUAUUGUUUUUUUUGGUAUGUUGUGUACAUCGCGUUCUAGCUUAAUUAUAUGUUAAAUGCUUAAGACUUUUUCAUUUGAAGUAGUUGUUAAUUGUGUUUUAAAAUGUUGUUAAUGAGUAUGCAAUUGAACUGUAACAUAGAAAAUUCAUAGGAAAUGCUGAGUUUAUGUGUUACGGAUGACAUCAUGCUCGUUUGACUUAUUGUAGUUGACUUUAAUUAAUAGAUAUUCUUAUGCAUAUGUUGAUACUUGAUGUAUUAGCGUUGUCCUUAAAUAGGGAAUAUAUACAUUAUUUAAAUACUGAUUGAAUUAAAAAUUCAAAAAUAUUUUUCUACAUAAGUAUUUACCAUGAUCCCUUUCAGAUAAAUUCUAAAAAUGUCAUGGCUGAACAAAUAAAAUUAAACUUUUUAUAGACAGUUUGAAAAAGACCUGAGUUAUUUAUUUGUAUAUUUAUAACUAUGCAUUUUAUAUAAUUGAUAUGAUUAAUAUUUAUUUUUUAACAUUGAAAUGAUAUUCAAUAAUAAUGAUCUAUUUUACACAAAAUUAUAUCUAUAUGUAUGAUUUCUUGUAAGCAGAAAAUGAUUCUUUUGGUGGUAGCAACCUAUCAUUUGGGUGUAUUUUUAGUUUGAUUUCGCGUUUUUUUUUCGGCUUUUAAUUUGAUUAAACAGCUAGUUAAAUCAUAUUAAUAAUUUUUUUCGAGUAAACUAAUUUCAAUAUUCGGAAAUACUUAGUUAAUUGAUUUUUUAGUGUUACGCGUGUUUUAAGAAUAUGCUUUAUUUAUGCCCGUUUAUAAUGCAUUGUUUAUUAUAAAAAAUGCAGAUCCAUAUAUUAAAACCAUAAUCUGUUGUGCGAUCUUAUUUGUUUGAUUUCUUUUCCUGCCCAUGUAUACUGGUUUUGUUUAUUGAGCACAUAUAAGAGAUUUUGCGAAUUUUGUCUAGUUUUUAAUCUCAUUAAUAAUGUUUAAAUAAUAUGUUUUUAAAUAAUUUUCAUAACAAUUAACAAGUAACUACUUUCAGUAUAUAGAAAUUUUCAGUUAAUUACGGCUAUUGUCUCGGUCAAUGACAUGCUUUAAAUGUAUGCUUAUUGUAUGCCUGUUGAUAAUGUAUUGUUUUUUGUUGGUGUUCUUUUAAUGUUGGAAUAGUAUAUAUAUAUAUAUAUAUUCUGAAACUGUGAUCUACCUUUAUUUGAUUCUUUUCUCCCAAUAAAAAAUAAUUGUACA